ACGAUGAAGAGUCACCCGAUCAGUCUAAAAUUCCAAACACUGUAUGGCACAAACAAAGAAAUCAAAUGAAAGAUUAAACGCAAGAAAACAAAGAGAUCCAUCUUGACAAAAUUCACGUGCAUCAUGCUGUUUUGUCCUUUACCAUCUCUCCCAUUUCCUUUCACCCAAUUCUUCUUUGUUCUCAUUGUCCACCAAAAAGAUACAGAACAGAAGCAUCCAUAAAUUCAUGUUUAAUAUAGUACUAAACUAUUUACAUGAAAACAGUAAACAAUAAACCCAAAUUUGGUCCCACAUAUUUACAGCACUAGUAGUACUAAAUCAGAUUCAUAAUCAAACAACUUAGAAUCACACAUCAUAAAUGUUACCAACUCACAUAUACUAUCAUCAGUGACACUCCACUCACAUGAAACACUCUCUCAAGUCCAAUUAGUCAACUCAAACCACAAACCCACUUGCUAAUCUUAAAAUAAUCAUAAUUUUAGCUUCUCAAAUCCCAAUUAACCAAACCAAACAAACAAGACAAAGACAAUACAGUGAGUAAGCUACACUACACCACUCUGAGUAUUGUAAUCUGAGCUUAACAGAGAAAGAAGAAAAACAAAGAAACACAGAAAACCAAAUGGCUUUCACAUUCAGCACCAUGACACUAAACCUUCUUCUCCUAAUAGCAAUGGUAGCAACCAACAUUCUCUCACUCUACCAUCUCUCCACAACACUCCAAUCACCCAAAUCCCCUAAACCACUCCCACCAAUCCCCGACGAACUCCUCCGUCAACUUCACACCAUACGCGCCACCAUUAACCAUCUCACGCGCCUCCAAAACACCGAUCCAAAUACAAACACUAAAUCCACAAUCCCUUCAGAUCUAUUACUAUACUCACACCUCUCUCCAAUUGCUUCAUCUUGUCAUAACCACCCUGAUCUUCUCCACAAGUAUAUGACAUACACACCGUUUUCAAUUUGUCCUUCCGAUUCCGACCUCGCUGAAUCGUUAAUUCUUCGCGGUUGUCAUCCACUCCCUCGUCGGCGGUGUUUCUCUCCGACGCCGAAGAAACAAACUAACUCGAAUUCGCUUCCGCGUAAUCCUUUUCCUUCUUCUCUCCCUGAUUCGUCGGUCAUUUGGGAUCGUUAUUCGUGUAAAUCGUUUGAUUGUCUUAACCGUCAAAACCCUAAUCUCGGAUUUCAACCUUCUCGUGAAAUUUCUAAGUUUACUACAUACAAUUCCGAUUUGGAUCUACCUGUUCAACAGCUUCUCCAGAUCGCGAAAUCAGCUAAAUCGAUUCUCCGGCUUGGAUUAGAUGUUGGUGGUGGUACUGGAUCAUUUGCCGCUGCGAUGAAGGUUCGUAAUGUGACGGUGGUGACAACGACGAUGAAUGUUGUGGCGCCUUAUAGUGAAGCUGUUGCGUUGAGGGGACUUGUGCCGCUUCAUGUUCCGUUACAGCAGAGAUUGCCGCUUUUCGAUGGUGUUGUGGAUAUUGUUCGGUGUGGUCGUGCAGUGAACCGGUGGAUUCCGGUGACAAUGUUGGAGUUUUUGUUGUUUGAUGUUGAUAGAGUGUUGAGAGGUGGAGGGUAUUUGUGGUUGGAUCAUUUUUUUAGUAAGGGUGUGGAUCUUGAGAAAGUGUAUAAGCCUUUGAUUGGGAAAUUGGGUUACAAGAAAGUGAAGUGGGCAACAGGGAAUAAGACUGAUGCUGGUGGUGUUAAGAAUGGGGAGCUUUACUUGACUGCAUUGUUGCAGAAGCCUGUCUCAAGAUGAGGGUCACUCUCAAAGUUUGAUACAUGUUGUAAGGAAGAUUAACAUGCCGGUUUCUCCUGAUUUCUUGCUCUGGGUUUUAAUGGGGAGCUGAAUGAAGCAGUUUUCAUGUCCAAAUGUGAUCCAUCAUAACAAUGUUGUAAAAAAAAGAAUCAACACAUAGGAAGAAAGCUUUGAAGGAAGUCAAGGACAGGUGGAUAUCUGUGUGGACUCGGGAGAACUGGUGGGGUAAAAUAGUAUUUAUGAUCGUUUUUUCUUCUUUUAUUAAAUUAAAUAAAAAAUAAAUUGUAUUAUCCUAAUUAUUUAUUUGGAAAUAAAUUCAAGAAAUGCCGUUUCCUGAUUCGUGUUCA